AGAGAGAGAGAGAGCGAGCGAGACACAGAUGGGUUUGAAGAAGGAAAAGGGCAAAUCCUCUGAGGUCAAUCGCAAGGUGAUCCAAGGAAAAGGCUUCGCCAGCAACGAUCACUGGGCUUUUCUGGAAGAAAUUGAAGCCCCGAUGUGGGCAGAUCUUACUAUGGAAGCUCGAUCCAUGGGCAAAGACAUUGAUGAUGCUUGGUUUCGGGUAUCACAUCCGAUCCAUCAAAUGUCGUCCCGACAACUCAAGAAAUUGUUUCAGAGCAUUGGCAAAGAUGAAGAUAGCUCACACACUUCGCAGUGCCACUCUCCAAAAGUUCCCGAGUCUGUCUCAAGAUCUAGAGGCAAGCAUUACAAAUGCAGGAAGUGGUUAGGAAAUGCUCAUGGUUCUUUGGCUGCAAGGCAACAUCCGGUUAGGGAAUUGGGUGGGAAAAGCUUGGAUGCAGUGACGAAUAAGGCUACUUCCCGGAACAGCUCAAUGAGCACAGUCACAAUGAGUUCAUCUUCCAGAAAACCAUUAAAGGGCUCAGCGGAUGAUAACCAGAACUCCGUUGUUGAGUCCAUUGCUGCAGCUGAAAGAAGCUCAUCAAGCAGUGUUGUUUCUAAGUGCCAAAAGUUAAGACCAAAGUCGAGCUUUGGAGGUCCUAGAAACACUAAGAUUGGAACUUCUAAUGUGGCCGGAAAAACUUCUAGCAGCAGGAAUACAAGAUACUCCACAAGAGAGAUAACAAAGAGUGAAAAUCUCUUGCAGAAUCGCAAUUCUUCUGCAGGUAAAUCUAGUGUAGGUUCCUCUUACUCCCAUGGAAACAUUCUCAAGAAUGUCAACACUACUACAAUGCCAAAAAAUGGAAGGACCAAGAAAGUGUUAGGUACUGCAGUAAAAGUGCAAGAAAUGCAAAUUAAGGCCAGAACUCAAUGUUUGCAGCAUCGAAAUAGAGCAAGUGGUGCUAAAUUUGUCAGCCAAGAAACGAAAUCCAAGGUUUUAAAUCCAACCUCAACCAGGAAAACUUUAAGUCAGGUUAAUGGACCAAGACCACAAAAAAAAGGACUUGCAACAAAGCCGAGACCAAUUGCUGGUGCUGUGAAAAAGGAUCUCAUCUCUGUUUGGAACAAAGAGAAUACUAUUGACGGGAAGAUACAGCGUCCCAGAUAUGGAAAGUGAAACUCACAUUACAAGAAAAACCCUGGAAGAUAGCAAGAGAAACUUGACAGCUGAACUUUCUGUUGCUUCACAUGUAUAGAGAUGAUUCCCUUUUUUAUCUCUGAUUCCCUCUGAAAACAAUAGUUUUCUAAAUCUGAGGAAAACAUAUAGAAGUUUUUGUUCAGUAAUCAAAAUUUUACA